AUGAAUUCUACCAAAGUUUUUCAUUUUUAUGAUGAAGAGAAUUCUAAUCAAAGCUCAAGGGAAGAACAAUCUGUAAUAAUAAAAGAAAUACUUGAUUCAUCAUAUGGAUGUUACAUAUGGCCAUCGGCAUUUGUAUUAGCUGAAUAUAUUUGGUACAAGAGGGACUUAUUCAAAGAUAAAACGGUCUUAGAACUAGGAUCAGGAACCUCAUUGCCAGGAUUUUUGUGUGCAUUAAUUUCCAAUGAUACGCACGUAAUUUUGACGGAUAGACCAGAUGCCCCUCAAGUGCUUGAAAACAUGCGAGACACUGCAAGGUUAAAUAACUUAACAACUAGGAAUAAUAUUUGGAUAAGGGGGUUGAUGUGGAGCGAUUUUAGUGGUGGAUUAUUUCAAAUGUUAACUGAUGUCGAGCAAUCUGACCGAAAGAUUGAUUGGAUUUUGGGUAGUGAUACUUUCUACGAUCCAAAAGAUUUUGAGGAUCUCAUUGUAACCGUCGCUUACAUCUUGACUUAUCAUUCUCCAAAUGCAAAGUUCAUUACAUCGUAUCAAGAAAGAAGCUCCAAAAGAUCUAUUCAAUAUUUCUUGGAUAAAUGGAAACUUAAAUGUAAUCAAAUUCCUCUUUCUUUGUUCAAUUUUAAUUAUGAUAAAUAUAUAAAUUUGAAUGAUGAGAACGAUGAAGAUAUGGAAUCGAUGGACAAUGAUGUGGCUUAUGCUACGUCUUUACAGAGCGUAUUUUUAUUAGAAAUUACUAAAACUUAA